CAUCGACUGAACUAAAUAAGGAAGUUCAGCAAAAUAUCAGGUGAUCCACUUAAAACCUAACCCGUUUUUCAAAAAUAUAUGUUCAAUUGGUAAGGAAGCGAUAAAGUGGUACUUAUGUCAGUGACUAAUUACCAAUGCACAAUUUUCGACCAACCAAGCGUCAUUCUUCAACAGAAAACCAUUCAGCAGAAUUUAUUAAGAUUGUCCCAUCUCACGACCCGUAUUUAAAAUCACGGAAGUGCGGUUGUUUACGGAAUCCAGGGGAAAUGCGAUAGCUCAACGGAAAACAGUUUGUAACGGUAGAUUUCAGCUAAACCAUCGCAUUACGUGAGCUACAAAACCCAUCUUGCACUAAACAAGACCUGUAUGCAUGUUAAAUAUGGCAUUUUUAUUUUUCCUAUUGUUGCUUUUCGGAUGGUGGUCGUAAUCAAAACUAAGGUAGCAGGCUAGUUAGCUUACACUGGCGUUACACUCGAUUCUACAGUUUGUUUACCAUUAGGUUUGGUUUGGUGGAAUUAACCACACGGUAAACGGGGACCAUCAAAAUAUACGUCUACAACCUGCCUAACAUUGAGAGCCGAGUUUAAGAAACUGGCGAAUCCAGUUUAAAGAGACCGACAUUGGCUGUAGCCAACAAAUGUCACUCCACGAAAGGCUUUAAAGUGCCGGUCGGAAGCUGCCUUCUCUUCAGUUUCGUCUUCCGUCCAGAGUUAUAACACAGCAUUGUCAUAAUGGCCGAGACUAUAGUCACGUUCCAGUCCCAGCUUUCUGGUGUAAUGGAAACGGUCUUCAAGGCUGCCAUGUAUGAAAUCACCCGGCUGGUGGAAGAUAGUUUUUUGGAAGAGGUGACACGGUGCAGGGAGCAGGUCGAGUCCCUGAAGAGGCGACUGAAGUGGUCGGAGAGUCGACGCAAGGAAAGAGAGGGAGACAGGAGGGGGAGGUGCGUUGACUGCGGGAGAUUCGGGGUGUCUGGUGAGGAGAAACCAAGACCUACAGAGAAAGGUCUGAAACAAGAGAGUGUGCUGCAAGAGGAGAUUAAUAGCUCUCAGGGCACUGAUGUAGAGACACCUGAUCAUGAAUUGGAAGAGGCAAAACCAGAGGCCCACAGUGCCACGAGGGCAACACAGUCUCCAGGUGUACAAGGUGAAAAGUUGGAUAGACUGCUCAAGGAGGAAGCCCUUCGCAUCACGCCAGAAACCCAAGAGGAAUGGGGAGUCAAUUUAGAUGAAACAGACACAUCAGGUCUGCCGGGGCCCAGUAGACGUUUCAUUGACAACAAGAUCCCAAAGUGCCAUGUGAACUGGGAGGUUAGCUUUGACCACAGGCCAGAAUCCGGCCAACAUGGACACUCAGGUGACCCAUCUGAACCACUUUUCCAGAACAGGUAUAGUAUGGAAGACUUGGGCGGCUUUGACAAGACUGGCUAUGGCGAUGCCAGCAUGAUAGAAAUGGGUAACUUAGAUGGGUUACAAGCAUCGCCAUCUCACAUGGGUGAGGAUCUGAGUUACAUGGGGCACUAUGAGGGGGAUGUGGAAGCACCUGAAGGAGCUGAAAAUCAAGCGUACCAAACAGGUUUCCCACGGAAUAGAAAGGGUACAGUCAGUCCACCUGCAGGCUCACCCUCAAGGACUAACAUUGAUGUAAGUGGAGAGUUCAGCUGUUUAUUGAUUAAUGAGGAAGGGUAUCUACAGGACCCGAGCAUCUUGUACCCUGAACACGUGUCUGGUGAUUCAGGCAGCAGAUUGAACUACCGUGGCCAGGGCAUUCGAAUUGACCCAUCUUUAGACAGUACAGAGGAUAUGUAUGGGGCCUCUGAUACAUACAGUGAUACCUUAAACCUGGGAGAGCGGUUGCAGCAUCAGGCAGCAGGGAGAGGAGGGAGGAGACACACUUGUAACCAGUGCUCCAUGUCAUUCCCGGAUUCUGCCUCUCUCAAGGCUCACAAGCAGACACAUAAAGGCACCGGACAAGGGCCGCCAUACUCCUGCACCCAGUGCGGGAAGACCUUCACCCAAGCCUGUAACCUCAAAGUCCACCAGAGGAUUCACUCUGGGCAGGGGCUCAACCUCUGCAGCCACUGUGGAAAAGGUUUCCCUUCUUUCUCUGAUCUAAAGACACAUAAAUGUGGCCAAACAGGUGACAAACCUUACUGCUGCAAUGUAUGUGGGAACAAGUUCAGCCGUCUCUGGAAUCUGAAGUUGCACCGGAGAAUUCACACGCAGGAAAAACCUCAUCGGUGCACCAUGUGUGAUAAGAGCUUCACCCGGGCAGACAUAUUGAAGGUUCACCAGCGUACCCACACGGGGGAAAGACCAUACUGUUGCACUGUCUGUGGCCUCAGCUUCAAACGCCUGGAUCAUCUGAAAUCACAUCAGCGCAAACACAUGACAGACCUAUAAAACAAGGGAAGUUUGGGGAAGGAGCAUCAGAUCAUUUAAGAUUCUUUGUGGUAGUAGGAGGUUUGAAAAUGAAUGUUUUUAUUUGUGAAGCACUGUUGGUUCUCAUCAACAUUGCACCAAACCAAAGUCAUGUUUUUUGGUCAGAUCAUUUUUUUUCUUCUCUUCAAGUGUACAUCCUCUGAUUUUCAUUCAAGAAUUUUGUUGGUAUGAAAAAUGUACGACAAAAAUAACAUCAAAUACCCAUUUAUUGCUACAUAUUUUGUUACUGAAAAAUUACUCACUUUAUGUAAAAUUGGCUAAAAGGCUGAGUAACAAUGUCCAUGUGAUUACAUUACAGAUUCAAAAUGAAACUAAAUAAUGUGCUGGAUUUUUUGGUCUCAUUCUUUUAUCAUUGGAUACUCUCCCAUGUCUGAUUAUUUUCUGUAAAUAAAACAAAUGAGGCCAAA